UCGCUCAUUGGUAGGGAGACGAAUUGAAACUGUGGUUUGUUUUUAAUCUCAGCGAUGCGUAAUCCACAAAGUCUGACACUCUAAAUCAUGGACGCGUUUCAGAAGCACAAGUCUCUGUACAAGGGAACGACUCCACCAUGGAAAGAGACGUACAGAAAGCGUUGCGUGGAAAGGCUGAAGAACAGUCGGUCGCGGUUGCUCGAAAAGUAUCGCCAGAUGGGGGCCAGCGCGGAUGACUCGAAGAGCUCUGUACUUGUCCAAGAGGUGAUGGAGAUGGAGUGGAAGGCCUUACAGGCCAGCAGCCAGAGGCUGCCUUCUUUGUGGGUGAAAGACGGCAUCAGUGAUAUGUUCACUGAUGUGCACGAAUAUGACGAACUGGCCAUUCUAGAGGAAAUUCACCAGGAACUCGUAUCUCAAGUUAACCUCCUGUCCUCAGAACUUUCUAUUAUAGAGGAAUACCACAAAAGUCAGCAGUAUGAAGAACAGUACUUCAGUUCCAUUGUGGAUGGAAUGGAGGAAGAAGGAAAACUGAUAUGUCCUGUGUGUCAAAGGAAUAAUUUGACAGUGAACAGUCAUUUUACUUCAUGUCCCUGUGGAAUUUACAUCAACACAGUGGGUAGGAAUAUAACAGCUGAGCUACUACAAUGUCUACUUGAAACUAGGGUCACAGAGCACAUGGAAGACUGUCUCCAGAACCCCGUAUUCUCAGUGGCCUCCAACAUGGAUGGGUCGCCAAACCUUAUGAUAAGCUGCAAGGUGUGUGAUUAUCUCUCUAUCAUCCUAUGACUACCCCUUGUGCAAGAUUGAGGAUUUUUUUUCCCUGAAUGUUUUAUGUAAAAUAAAGCUAUAGUAGUUAUAACAUUAAACACUUCAAUCUACAAUAUGGUAUUUAUGUACAAAAGCUGCUACAGAGGUUUAGUUGUUCUAAUCUUGAGAAAUGGCCAAUAGGCAAUGGUACCAAUUGCUAUACAGUACAAUUCUUAGACAUGUAAUAAUUGACCUUUAGUAAUACAUAGGUUUGGGUUGUUAAGGUGAGCAUAGAUCAAAAUGGAACUGGGAGCUGUGUUUAAUCAAGUUUAGCUCACCAGACUAUCACAGGCCAAUGGGCCACAGUUUUGGGUGCUGAACAUAAGGGCAGAUAUUAAGUGCGUCUCGAACAAUAAUCAUACAUAGGCUUGUUUGAAAUUUUUUUUUUUUUUUAAUUGCAACUGAAACUGUCAGAUGGA